GUGAACAAAAGCUGUUUGAUCGAUUUCGCACUGGUCCACAAAGAUCGGCCAGGAGAAGCUGGCGGCGCAACUACACGAGCAACGCAACGCAACGCAGGUUUGAAAAUUGCCUUCGCCGAAGGCAGGGAAGUUGAAACAGACCUGCAUGAAGCUCGCGGAAGCGGAGCGAGGAAGAGUCCGAAGUACAAUCAUUAGCGACCGUUUAUGUUCAGCAAGAAGAAGACGGGUGCAGAGGUGAACGCAUGCGAGCCGCAUCGCGCCUCGGUAGCGCCCGAGGGUUACAGACUGAAUUCUGCCGGCGCCCCACACAGCGCAACGAAAAUACUGGAACUGUUCGCGUAGCAGGGGAUGCACCAAAAAUAAGCACGCCUCCUGCAGACCAAUCGUCGAAGAAAGACCCAAUACCCCAAAUAAAGAGGAGGAGGAAGAGCUGGCACUAGCAAGUCUCUGCAGGGGCGGAGAGAAAGCAUGCGGGAUCCACAUGCCCACUGAUGGAUCAGCGGCAGACUUCGUCGGCGUGGCGCGGCAUCAGGAAGAGCGCGCGGCAGAGAUCAUCUUCGCGGCAAGCUCAGCGGAGAGGUUGACACUGGCGAUCCCCACUGUGUUCGGAGCAAUGUCGAACUGGCCGAUGUCCAGCUCGUUAGCACGGAAGAGCAGAGCCGCGCACGACGUCGCUGGUGGCAAAGGAAAUGAUGCCGCGAAAUCCAUUGACCCCGAGCAUGUAUGUAGAGUCGUUCCACUGCCCUGUUUGACGGAGGUGUGUGUAGACCUGCUGCCAGAUCUUUCCUGAGGUCUUAGUAUUGUGGCGAACUGGUAUGAGCGUACCGCGCCUGCAACGAAGCUGGAUCUGUUCACCAGAAUGUGGGUCAUCUCAUAAGAUACUAGGAGCCCGUGCGUAAUCGAUGAACGAGGCAGCGUCGACGUUGCUCGCGAACGUGACUGAACAGCUCGUGGCGAAGUUGUGGCCCUUGACCGUGAUCCCCGACUGCUCGAUAUGAACGGGUAGAUUCUGCAACAGUGAGGCACCGUGAGAUUCGAGUAAUUGUUUGAGCAUGGGCCGCGUGAAGCCACCGAUCGAGACCUUCAGCGGGUCGAAGUCGUCCUCGGCGGAGUGGCUGAUGCUGCUGCCUGGGGGAGAGGUAGAGGCAGGACUGCCAAGCCGACGACGCGUGGACGGAGGACCAGUACUCGCUGAACCUGAGCUCGCCGAAGACUGAGACCUUUCGAUGGCAGCAAUUCGUGUUUCCAUUUGCGUGCGGAGGGAGGCAAGGGUGGCCGUGUCGGACGAGGCGGCCAUGUUGGUCUCGAGCGCGUUGAACCUCUGAGUCAGCACGUUCAUUGCUUUGUUAUGGACGGAAAGACUGGCACGAAUGUUGUCGACCGUGGCGACGGAUGUCUCGACAGCGGCCAAGCGAGAAUUGACUCCACCGAGUUGAGCGAGGAUCUGCUUGAUGCCGUCCUCGAUGGCAGUCAUGGCAAGAGGACUGGAGGAACGGAGCAAAAUUGGGAGUGCCCGCCCAGGCACGACACCUGGGAUGGCUCCAAAAGAGCUGCCCACUCAAAUCGCGGAUUGCCCU